ACUCACUACCAUAGAUUAUUAACAUGAAAUGCAGUACAUUUGAUCAAAAUUAAUAGAAUACAAAUACAAAGCCAUUACAGAACAUAAUUACAAAUGAUAAAUGAAAUGAAAUCUGGUGAUAAGAACAUCGCAGAGAUAAAGUUGAUAGAAUAUAAAUAAAAACAAGGCAUCUUGUAAUGCUUUUCCUUGUAUAUGCCAUUGUGGUUGGUGGUAGAGUGUUAUAUAAAGGAAGUACCAGCUCUACCCAAACAACCACGUCAGACAACACUCGCAGUUCUGACAUCGGCCCCCGUCUCCUGUCCUGUCUCACUAAAAUGUAUUACAGCUCCCACUACCACUUCACUCCCAGCUACAAUUAUCCUUUCAGUUACAACAGCAGCAGCAGACACACCAACAUGCACUACACAUACCACAACUACCUCAGAUACAACAACUACUCCAGCUAAGAGUACGACCUCAGCAUUACAGGCAACUACUACUUCAGCUUCCACGACUUCCGCCCCUCAAAUAAGUACUACUUCAGCUACAGCAACGACCUCAACUCCUAUGACUACUACUCCUACAGGUACAACUACAGGUACUACUUUAGGCACCACAACUGUAGCCCCUGAGAUAACUACCACUUCAGUUGAAAGAACGACUUCUGCUCCUCAGACAAGUCCAACUUCAGCUACCACUAUCACAUCAGAACCCGAAACAACCGCAACUUUAGUUACCACAACCACUUCAGAACCUAAAACAACCACUCCUUCAGCAACCACAAAAACUUCAGGACCUGAAACAACCACUCCUUCAGCAACUACAACUACUUCAGAACAUGAAACAUUCACUACUUCAGCAACCACAACUACUUCAGAACCUGAAACAACCACUACUUUAGCAACCACAACCACUUCAGAACUUGAAAGUACUACUUCAGUAGCCACAACCACUUCAGAACCUGAAACAACCACCACUUCAGCAACCACGAACGCUUCAGAACCUGAAACAAUCACUGCUUCAGCAACCACAACUACUUCAGAACCUGACACAACCACUACUUUAGCAACCACAUCCACUUCAGAACCUGAAACUACUACUUCAGUAGCCACAACCUCUUCAGAACCUCAAACAACCACUGCUUCAGCAACCACAACCACUUCAGAUCCUGAAACUACUACUUCAGUAGCCACAACCUCUUCAGAACCUCAAACAACCACUGCUUCAGCAACCACAACCACUUCAGAACCUGAAACAACCACUACUUCAGCAACCACAAUCACUUCAGAACCUGAAACAACCACUACUUCAGCUACCACAACCACUUUAGAACCUCAAUCAACCACUUCCUCAGUUACCAUAACCACUUUAGAACCUCGAACAACUACUGUUUCAGCAACUACCACGACUUCCGCUCCUUACUCAAGUACCACUUCAGAUACCACCACUACAGAAUAUCUAUCAACCACUACUUCAGCUUCCACUAUCACUUCAGAAUCUCAAACAACCACUACUUCAGGUACUAUCGCGACUUCAGCUCCUCAGACAAGUACUACCUCAACUUACACAACCACUUCAGAACCUCAAACAACAACAGGUACAACUUUAGGAACCACAACUGCAGCCCCUGAGAUAACUACUUCACUUGCCACGACUUCAGCUCCUCAGACAAGUGUCACUUCAGUUACAACAACCACUUCGGUACCUCAAGUAACUAGUACUUCAGCUACUACCACGACCUCAGCUCCUCAGACAAGUACAACUUCUGCUAUCACAAUCACCACAGAACCUGAAACAACCGCUACUUCAGAACCUGAAACAACCACUGUUUCAGCUACCACAACUUCAGAACCUGAAACAACCACUGCUUCAGCUACUACCACUUCAGAACCUGAAACAACCGCUACUUCAGCAACCACAACCACUUCAGACCCUGAAACAACCACUUCAGAACCUGAAACAACCACUUCAGAACCUAAAACAACCACUUCAGAACCUGAAACAACCACUUCAGAACCUGAAACAACCACUUCAGAACCUGAAACAACCAAUACUUCAGCAACCACAACAACUUCAGCACCUGAAACAACCACUACUUUAGCAAUCACAACCAUUUCAGAACCUGAAAUAACCACUACUUCAGCAACUACAACCACUUCAGGACCUGAAACAACCACUACUUCAGGAACCACAACCACUUCAGAACCUGAAACAACUACUGCUUCAGCAACCACAACCACUUCAGAGCCUGAAAUAACCACUGCUUCAGGUACCACAACCACUUCAGAGCCUUCAGAGCCUGAAACAACUACUGCUUCAGGUACCACAACCACUUCAGAGCCUGAAACAACUACUGCUUCAGGUACCACAACCACUUCAGAACCUGAAACAACCGCUACUUCAGCUACUACAACCAUUUCAGAACCUGAAACAACUACUACUUCAGCAACCACAACUUCAGAACCUGAAACAACCACUGCUUCAGCUACCACAACCACUUCAGAGCCUGAAACAACCACUGCUUCAGGUACCACAAUCACUUCAGAGCCUGAAACAACUACUGCUUCAGGUACCACAACCACUUCAGAACCUGAAACAACAACUACUUCAGGUACCACAACCAUUUCAGAGCCUGAAACAACUACUGCUUCAGGUACCACAACCACUUCAGAACCUGAAACAACCGCUACUUCAGGUACCACAACCCCUUCAGAACCUGAAACAACCACUGCUUCAGCUACCACAACCACUUCAAAGCCUGAAACAACUACUGCUUCAGGUACCACAACCACUUCAGAACCUGAAACAACUACUGCUUCAGGUACCACAACCACUUCAGAGCCUGAAACAACUACUGCUUCAGGUACCACAACCACUUCAGAACCUGAAACAACAACUGCUUCAGGUACCACAACCACUUCAGAACCUAAAGCAACUACUACUUCAGGUACCACAACCACUUCAGAACCUGAAACAACCGCUACUUCAGCUACCACAACCACUUCAGAACCUGAAACAACAACUACUUCAGGUGCCACAACUUCAGAACCUGAAACAACAACUACUUCAGGUACCACAACCACUUUAGAACCUGAAGCAACUACUACUUCAGGUACCACAACCAUUUCACAGCCUGAAACAACUACUGCUUCAGCUACCACAACCACUUCAGAGCCUGAAACAACCACUGCUUCAGGUACCACAACCACUUCAGAGCCUGAAACAACUACUGCUUCAGGUACCACAACCACUUCAGAACCUGAAACAACUACUGCUUCAGGUACCACAACCACUUCAGAACCUGAAACAACUACUACUUCAGCAACCACAACAACUUCAGAACCUGAAACACCUAUUGCUUCAGGUACCACAACCACUUCAGAACCUGAAACAACUACUGCUUCAGGUACCACAACCACUUCAGAACCUGAAACAACUGCUUCAGGUACCACAACCACUUCAGAGCCUGAAACAACCACUGCUUCAGGUACCACAACCACUUCAGAGCCUGAAACAACCACUGCUUCAAGUACCACAACCACUUCACAGCCUGAAACAACUACUGCUUCAGCUACCACAACCACUUCAGAGCCUGAAACAACUACUGCUUCAGGUACCACAACCACUUCAGAGCCUGAAACAACCACUGCAUCAGCUACCACAUCCACUUCAAAACCUGAAACAACCGUUACUUCAGGUACCACAACCACUUCAGAACCUCAAUCAACCACUACUUCAGUUACCACAACCACUUCAGUAUCUCAAACAACUACUGUUUCAGCUACUACCACGACUUCAGCUCCUCAGACAAGUACAACUUCAGCUUCUACGACCACUUCAAAUCCUCAAACAGCAACAGCUACUUCAGCCCCACCAACAAGCACUACUUCAGCUCCCACAUCGACUUCUCCAGGUGCCACAACGACGGCAGUUCCUCAAACAAGUACUCCAUUAUCGACACCAAUUGCAGCUAACGCAACCACCUCAAGGGUAACCUCGACCAAAACCACGCCAUCACUACCACAGGCAAGUACUACAUCGACCACCAAAAUGACCUCACCUCCCCAGACAGUUACUACGUCAUCCACAACUUUGACUCCUGUACCAAAGACAAGUGCUACUUCAGCUAGCACAACGACUUUAGCUCCUGAGACGAGUACUAUUUCAGAUGCCACGACGACUCCAGAACUUCAGACAAGUAGUACUGCAGCAACCACAACAACUACAUCAGCGUGUACAUUCGGAGAAGAUUCAUAUAACGAAGGAGAAACUGUGCCUCUCCUAUGUCAUCACAUAAUCUGCACGUCUGGUAUAUGGGUAUAUACUGGUAUGGUAAACAAUAGAUGUAGGAAAGCCAGGGUGUACUGGGAUCCCCAUGUCAAAACUUUCGACAACAAACACUACGAUUACCACAAACCUUGUAACUUUUCGUUGGUCCAACCUGGCUUUACGCAGACUCCUAAAUAUGGAGUUUACGCUCAGUUUGCUAAGUGCAUAGGACCUGGUGCCUGUAUUGAAGAAUUAGUAUUCAAGGACAAUGAUAAUACUGUAAUCACCUUUACGAAAAACAGGAAAGAGCUUACCGUAUUUCUGAACGGCAAGGAGUUCUCCGUCAGCGGCCGCGCCCCUUCCUUCAUGGUCCAGGACGGCGUGCAGCAUCCCGUGCUCGCCUGGAACCAGACGGGAUCCAACUCCAGACUCCUCUUCGCUGGCUCCAGUAACCUCGUGGUGCGUAGCUUGGCCCGGUCCCCUCGAGGGCCUCGCCGCUCGCAGAUAGAUGUGUGUGGAGUGAGAGAUGGACGGUGUGGACAGGCACUUUUGUCCCGUGUGUGUGUUGUUUGUUGGUUUGAUGUAUGAAGCUGUGAUGAUAAUGAUAAUAGCGGUGAUACUUUUGAUGAUUUUACCAAGAAAGCUACUAAUAUUUCUAUAUUGAUCAGAAUAAUGAUGAUGUGAUGAUGACGGUGAUGGUAAUGAUGAUAUUGUUUAUGAUAUUAAUGAUAAUUAUAAUGAUGAUACUAAUAAUAAUAAUAAUAAUAACAAU